CCGACAUUUCUGGGGGCGAGGAACCUACGAGCACCCAUAGAUCCUGAAACGAUCCAUCAUCCCCGGAGAAACCUGCGGUGCGCGAACUGUCGCUUUGUGGUCGGAGCUAGGGUGGGCUAUAAUACCUGGUGUCGUUUCCCCCAACUGGAUAUUUGACGGUAUCUUUCAUCCCCCACUCAAGGGAGCUCGGGACCUUCAGAUUAUAUCGAGGGGAUCGAUAUCGCUCCGUCGCAAGGAUGCUGGGCCUCGAUAUCGCGGCGAAGCGGAAACGCAAGAUCUCGGAUUACCCGUACCGCCUGGAGUACCGGACAAGAUGGAGCGACAACGACGUCUUCGGCCACAUGAACAACCCGUACUACGGGGUGCUGUGCGACAGCGUGGCGAACCAGUACCUGAUCGAGCGGUGCGGGUACACGAUGCACCAGUCCCCGCAGGCCGCCAUCAUCGCGCACACCUACUUCGACUACUUCGGCAGCGUCGAGUACCCCGGCGUGCUCGAGGUCGGGCUGCGCGUCGCCCGCCUCGGCAAAUCGAGCGUGCUCUACGAGGUCGGCGUGUUCAAGCGCGGCGACCCCGUCGUCAAGGCCGUCGGUGGUAGCAUGCACGUCUGGGUCAGCAAUCAGGGGGGCGUGCUCGGGCGGCCCGUCCCCGAGGGCAUGCCGGCGCAUGUGAGGCGCGGGUAUGAGGCGCUGAUGGAGCCUGGGGCUGUAGGGGGAGGAACAGCGGAGGGGGAGGGAGAGGAAGGGAAGCGAAAGGCGAAGUUGUGA